AUGUCAACUGGAAGGGUACGAACGAAGAAAAAGGCAUGUUCUUCAGACCAGUCUCCAGACAACCUUCCUCUGAGGAGUUCUGGAAGACAGGUGAAGAAGAAAGCGGCCGAAGCAGCAGAUGAUGAUGAUGAAGCGUCAGAGAAGAAAUACAGAAAGUGUGAAAAAGCUGGAUGCACUGCGACAUGUCCCGUUUGCUUUGCCAGUGCAGCUGAAAGAUGUGCUAAAAAUGGGUAUACGUCUAGAUGGUAUCAUCUUUCCUGUGGGGAACACUUCUGCAAUGAAUGCUUUGACCACUAUUACCGAAGCCAUAAAGAUGGUUAUGAGAAAUAUACUGCCUGGAAAAGGAUUUGGACAAGUAAUGGUAAAAGUGAGCCCAGUCCAAAAGCCUUCAUGGCUGAUCAACAGCUUCCUUACUGGGUGCAGUGCACAAAGCCAGACUGUGGUAAAUGGCGUCAGCUGACAAAGGAAAUCCAGCUGACACCACAAAUAGCAAAAACUUACAGAUGUGGUAUGAAACUGAACAAUUCCACCAAGACGGAGGGCUCAGACCAGUGUUCCAUGCCUGAGGACUUGAGAGUGGCUGAAGUUUCAGACCAUUGGUGGUACUCCAUGCUCAUACUCCCUCCUUUGCUGAAAGACAGUGUGGCAGCUCCCUUUCUAGCUGCAUAUUAUCCAGACUGCGUGGGCAUGAGUCCAUCCUGUACCAGCACUAAUCGGUUACCUGGUGAAUCCAACCUUGUGAAGUUAGAGCACUUAAAGAGCGUGCCUAAUUUGACUGUUGCAGGCAUGAACAAGUAUUUCCAGCCAUUUUACCAGCCCAAUGAAUGUGGGAAAGCACUUUGUGUGAGGCCAGAUGUCAUGGAACUGGAUGAGCUCUAUGAGUUCCCAGAAUAUUCCCGAGACCCUACCAUGUACUUGGCUUUGAGAAACCUGAUUUUGGCUCUGUGGUACACAAACUGCAAGGAGGCUCUUACCCCUCAGAAAUGUAUCCAUCACAUCAUUGUUCGUGGGCUUGUGCGUAUUCGCUGUGUACAGGAAAUGGAGAGGAUACUUAAUUUUAUGACAAGGAAAGGGCUAAUUAAUACAGGGAUUUUAUCAGUCAGUCCUGACCACUAUCUUCUUCCUAAAGAAUACCACAAUAAAUCUGUCAUUAUUGUUGGGGCUGGUGCAGCAGGAUUGGCAGCAGCCCGACAACUGCACAACUUUGGAAUUAAGGUCAUUGUCUUAGAAGCUAAAGACAGAAUUGGUGGCCGAGUAUGGGACGAUACGACAUUCCAAGGAGUCACUGUUGGAAGAGGUGCACAAAUUGUCAAUGGAUGUGUCAACAACCCAAUGGCACUAAUGUGUGAGCAACUUGGCAUUAAAAUGCACAAACUAGGGGAGAAAUGUGACUUGAUCCAGGAAGGUGGAAGGAUAACAGAUCCCACUAUUGAUAAACGUAUGGACUUUCAUUUCAAUGCCAUCCUAGAUGUCGUCUCUGAGUGGAGAAAAGAUAAAACCCAACAUCAAGAUGUUCCUCUUGGUGAAAAAAUACAAGAGAUCUAUAAAGCCUUUAUUCAGGAAUCUGGUAUCCAGUUCAGUGAACUGGAAGAAAAAGUACUACAGUUCCAUCUCAGUAAUUUGGAGUAUGCCUGUGGCAGCAAUCUCUCUCAGGUAUCUGCACGCUCAUGGGACCACAAUGAAUUUUUUGCCCAAUUUGCUGGAGAUCACACUCUUCUAACUGUGGGAUAUUCUACUGUGAUUGACAAGUUGGCAGAAGGGCUGGACAUCCGGCUGAAUUUUCCAGUACAGAGUAUUGACUAUUCUGGUGAAGAAGUACAGGUCACUACUGUAGAUGGAACAGUGUGGACAACACAAAAGGUAUUAGUGACUGUACCACUGGCCCUUCUUCAGAAAAACGCUCUUCAGUUUAAUCCUCCACUGUCAGAAAAAAAAAUUAAAGCCAUUAAUAGUUUGGGAGCAGGAGUUAUUGAGAAGAUUGCCUUGCAGUUUCCUUAUAGAUUUUGGGACAGUAAAAUUCAAGGAGCUGAUUUUUUUGGUCAUGUUCCACCCAAUUCCAGCCAACGUGGGCUCUUUAGUGUUUUCUAUGACAUGGAUCCGGAGAGCAAACAAAGCAUUUUAAUGUCAGUGGUCACUGGGGAUGCUGUGGCAACCAUUAAUAAUUUAGAUGAUAAACAAGUAUUGCAACAGUGUAUGACUGUACUUCGAGAGCUGUUUAAGGAGCAGGAGGUUCCUGACCCAGUGAAGUUUUUUGUUACUCAAUGGAGCAAAGACCCUUGGCUCCAGAUGGCGUAUAGUUUUGUGAAAACUGGGGGCAGCGGUGAAGCGUAUGACAUUAUAGCUGAAGACAUACAAGGAAAAAUAUUUUUUGCCGGUGAGGCCACAAAUAGGCAUUUUCCUCAGACCGUUACAGGAGCUUACUUGAGUGGGGUUCGAGAAGCGAGCAAAAUAGCAGCAUUUUAA